AUGACGGACGAGCUGGAGCUACUGACGCCGCCGCCGCAGGCCGCGCCAUCCUCAGGGCGCGUGGGUCUCUCCGCCGCUACGCUCGUGUACUCGUCCGACGGUCGCUACGUGUUCCAGCGUCAGGCGCACGUGGUGCGCGUGCUGCACUCGCAAAGCGGUCGCGUCCUUCACGAAUGUGUUCGCGCUGACAACAAGAGCGCGGUGCGCGCGCUGGCACUGCACCCACACAACGCGCUGCAGUUGCUAGCUGCAUACGACGACGGCUACAUUAUCGUGUGGGAUUUCGUGGAGCACAAGCCGCUCGCGGAGCUGGAUGCCAAGGCGCCCGUACUGUGGAUGGCGUCCAGCCGCACGAGCGCGUCGCAGCUUCUUCUGGUCGUCCAGACCGACGCAAACACCUGGAGCCUAAUAGAGUUCAGCCUAAAGAAAAAGAAACGCGGUCGCGUGUUGUUUCAGAAUAGCAAAAAGCUGUUCCAGGCUGCUGCGCUGCAGAGCUACACGACGCCACAAGGUGACGGCGAACAGGCUGUUCCGGGAGACUUUUUAGUAGUGGCGGCCGGCGACAAGCUGGUCACUUUAUGGCUCCACCACCAAUCGGGAGCUAAAGACUCGGGCAACCGCGUGUACUCAAUGCAGAAGCUCAACCACCUUCGUGACGUCACGUGCGUCGCCGUCAGCCCGACGCAACGGGAGUUCUCUAUCGGCGACCAGAUUGGCCAGAUCUACCGAUACCAGCAGCAAGGAGAAACAGCGUCCAAGAUGCACUGGCACUCGCACGCCGUGCACUGCAUCCAGUACUCGAGCGACGGCCAGUUCCUGCUGUCGGGCGGUGAAGAGUGCGUGCUGGUGUCCUGGCAACUGGAAACAGGUCGUCGCGCUUAUCUGCCGCGUCUCCCGGCGUCCGUGGAGGUCAUUGCGCCUCGUCAAGACGGUGGCGUGUACGCCGUGGGCCUGGCGGACAGUGUACUCUUCCAAUACAACCCGGUGACGCGCGAACAGGAGUGGGAGGCGCGUGGCUUUGUCGCGUGCCGUUCUACGAGCCGUUCGCGGAACCGUGUACUGCAGACGUUGCUGCUAUCAGAGCGAAACCAGGUUACGCGCACAGAGGACGAGGUGUUGCCUACGCUUCGUGCGUCACACUCGUGCUUCAGCUCCCGUGGCGGCGACUUGGUGACGCUUCAUGCGCCGACGACGGCGAAACACGGCGACGAACAGGCUCUGCGCUUCUGGACGCGUCGUGUGGACGGCUCGUUCUUUGUCAACACGGCAAUUGACGCGCCUCACGGCCGCGCACAGGUAACGAGCAUGACGUACUCGCCUUCCCAGACCGAGGACAGUCUGGUGACGGCGGAUGAACAGGGAGAUUUCAAGGUGUGGCAGAAGACGGCGACGGAGACAGGAGGCGCGUCGUGGCACUGUCAGGCGGUUGUGCGCUUCCGUGACGAGCCGGUCACUGCCGUGGGCUUUGCGCGCGAUGGAUCGUUGCUUGCUGUGGCGUACGGUAACAAACUCACGCUCUGGGACGUCGCUACGCACUCGUUGCGGCGUGUGAUCCCGUCCGCGGACGGCCAGACAAUUACUCAGAUUGUUUUCCCCGGUAUCAACUCGCCGUACGUCGUGGUUGUGACAGACAGUCAGGUACAGGUGUGGAGUUUGUUGUCGCUGUCGCUGUGGUGGCGCUACACGGUACCCAAGGGUGCCGUCGUGGCCGAGGAAUCUCUGUACGAACGCUUCUUGGUCUGGUUGCCAGUGGACGACUCGAAGAAGAAAACGCUGGUGCUGGUUUUCGACGCCCAGACGCCUGUACCGACCUGCGUGCGUGUUGUAGACGUUGGCUGUAAGGUGUGGAGCGCUGGUUUCCACCCCGGCACUGGAGACAUUGUGCUUCUUGACAACAAGACCGGAGUAUGGAGACUGGACGGACCUAAGGCCAGAUCGCAGGACGCCCGGCGCCGGAAACAGGCCCACGUUGCUGCCGUCGCUGCGCGCGACGCCGCCAAGGACGGCGAACAGGAGGCCAAGGCUCUCAGCGCCAUCUACAACGCCGCCAGUGGCGGUCGUCUUGCAGAGAAAAAGUCCAGCCACAUGCAUGCGGGGCCUCAUGGCGUGGCGGCCAACGGCUCUGCGUCUAGCAGCCUGUUCGACGCGCCGGCUCACGUCCUGCCGUCCAUGACGGCACUGUACCGGUCGUUCAUGGACACCAUGCUGCCGAAGCCCCACCAGGUUGCUGAAGCCGACGAGACUGUUAAGAACGCGAACGAACCGUCGACGUCGCAGAAGAAGAAGAACAAGCGACGUAAGAAGCAGCAACAGCAACAAGCCACGACGGAUCCGACCGUGAAUGAAAGUGGAGAGCAACGCAAGCGCAUGAAGCUCCAGGUAGAGAAAGAACUGGCUAACACGGAGUUGCAGCAGCAGACAUACUCCAAACUGCUCGAGACAUUUCGCAACAGUAAGGCGCGUCGGGCGUAG